GAACUGAAAGGCGUUUAUCCCAAGGGAAGCAGUUCUUUUAGAUUUUACUAAGAAGUCAGCUAACACUUUCAACAUUCCCUUCUCUUCUUUGUUUUUAAAGAAAGUUCUCGUUUUGUUUCACUUUCAGCGGGAGACUUAAAUGACACCAAGCAAAGCUACUUAGUUUAGAUUUCCAGGCCUACCACCAACUUUACUGGAGCUUCAUUUAGAUUUUAAUAAAAUUUGAACUGUGGAACUUGAAGAUUUUAAGUGAUACAAGGAACUGCAAAGAAGUUCAUUGGUGAAAAAAAAAAAUCAAACAUGAAGAGAGCAGUUUUGUUUUGUCUCCUUCUGCUUAUCGUUUUUCAAACUGAUUGUGAACAAAGUACUAGGAGGCAGAGGAGGAGGAUGGAACAGAGAAGACUCAGGAAGAGCUCUUCAUUCCACCCCAGAGCCAACAUGCAGCUUGAAGUUCAGCAAACCACUGCGGCACCAGAUGCUAGGUUACCCAAGGCCAACUCUGACUACAGUAUGGAAGAAAACAUAGAAUCACUUCUAAGUAAUCCUGGAGUAGAAUUAAGUUACAGUGUGUUACCAGGAAAGAAAGGACACUGCUUUGUAAAGGGCAUGAUCAUGUACAACAAAGCUGUCUGGUCUCCUGAGCCCUGCACCACCUGCCUCUGCUCAAAUGGAAGAGUGCUUUGUGAUGAAACUUUGUGCCACCCCAAGGCGUGCCCCUAUACCAUUAAACCGGAAGGAGAGUGCUGCCCCAUCUGCUCUGAUGCUGAACAAGAAGAAUCCAUUAAGAAACUUCACAAGCAAGCGCCACCUCCUCAGAUGGAAAUGGACCAAGUAGCCAUAAAAGAAGCUCUUCAAUCUGAGGAUGAAGAGGUAGUUAAAGGACACAAGGAGUGCAAGAAGGAGACCUCGGUGCCUACUAAGCUCCAUGGAGAUGAGGAAAGAACUGCGGGAAGGCUGAGGCCGGAGGAAGAAGGGAGGUCAGCACAUCGACCACCCCACCAUGGAAGGAGGGAGGAAGAGGACAGUGAGGAGGAGACUGAGAGGGAAGGAGAGGAAGAAGAGGAAGAAGAGGAGGAAGAGGAGGAGGAAGAGAAUGCCACAAGAGGAGAUGUGUUCAGAAUGUCCUCUCGGUUAAUACCUGGAACCCCAAGAGGCAGGCCACGUCUGCCCAGAAGCUGUUCCCUGUCCUACAGGACUAUCAGCUGCGUUCAUACAGAUUUCACUGAGAUCCCACCAAUAACAGCACCAGAAGUAACGAGCCUGGAGCUGGUUGGGAAUGCAAUCAUUUCCAUUCCGGAUGAAGCAUUUAAUGGAUUACCAAAUUUGGAAAGACUUGAUCUGAGCAGAAAUAAUAUCACUUCUUCGGGCAUAGGUCCAAAAGCAUUCAAGUCUUUGAAGAAGCUAAUGCGUCUGAACAUGGAUGGAAAUAAUUUGGUACAUAUUCCUUCAGAAUUACCAUCUACACUAGAAGAGCUUAAAAUAAAUGACAACAAUCUCCAGGCUAUUGAUGAGAAAAGUUUAUCAGAUUUAAAUCAACUUGUCACUUUAGAAUUAGAAGGAAACAAUCUCAGUGAAGUCAAUGUCAACCCUCUAGCUUUUAAAUCUUUGAAGAGCCUAUCAUAUCUACGUCUGGGAAAAAACAAAUUUAGAAUUAUACCACAAGGUCUUCCAGCUUCUAUUGAGGAGUUAUACCUAGAAAAUAAUCAAAUUGAAGAAAUAACUGAAAUUUGUUUCAAUCAUACCAGAAAGAUAACUAUGAUUGUAUUACGUUAUAAUAAAAUAGAAGAAAGUCGGAUUGCUCCUUUAGCAUGGAUAAAUCAAGAAAAUCUUGAGUCUAUCGACUUGUCCUAUAACAAGCUCUACCACGUCCCCUCCUAUCUACCCAAAUCUCUUCUGCACCUUGUCCUAAUUGGGAACCAAAUUGAUCGGAUCCCUGGCUAUGUGUUUGGCCACAUGGAACCAGGCCUGGAGUACUUGUACCUGUCGUUUAACAGACUUUCUGAUGAUGGUGUGGACCUAGUCUCAUUCUAUGGGGCUUAUCAUUCUCUGAGAGAAUUAUUUCUGGAUCACAAUGACUUCAAAUCCAUACCACCUGGAAUACAAGACAUGAAAGCACUGCAUUUUCUGAGACUGAACAACAAUAAGAUACGGAAUAUUCUUCCUGAACAAAUCUGCAAUGUUGAAGAGGAUGAGGAUUCAGCUCUUGAACAUCUUCAUCUUGAAAACAAUUAUAUUAGAACUAGAGAGAUAUCAUCCUAUGCAUUUUCAUGCAUACGACUGUAUUCAAGUAUUGUUCUUAAACCACAACGCAUCAAGUAAUUUCAAGUUUCCCUCUGCCAUUUAUAAAUUUUACCCAAGCAUUAACAAAAAUUAUAUCUCUUUUAUUGUGUGUGUCUCUCUGUGUGUGUGUGUGUGUGUUUGCGCACACGAAUGCAGUGCCUUCAGUAACCAGAAGAGGGUGUUGGAUGCCCUGGAGCUGGAGUUACAGGUGGUUCUGAGCCAGCUGAUAAGUGUGCUGUGAACUGAACUUAGGUACACUGUAAGAGCAGUACAUGCUCUUAACUGCUAAAUCCAAGUCUCCAGUCCCCAAAACACUACUCUAAUGCUAAUUUCUUGGUUUAGAUCAUUUUACAGUGGUAAUAUAUGCACACCGGAAAUGUAAGGAAAGCUAGCAGAAGGGUAUACAAAAAUUCUACACUAUAAGUCUAGAAUUAGUUUUUAAAGUUAAAAUAAAAAAAAAAAACCACUUCAAGACUGCUUUCAUUCUUCAGCAAGGUCAAAAGAUUACAAAAAGUAAACUGGGCAUAGUGGCACAUGCCUUUAAUCCCAGCAGUUGGGAGACAGAGGCCAGAGGAUCUCUAUGAGUUUGAGGACAGCCUGGUCUAUAUAGUGAGUUCCAGGACAGCCUGAACUAUGUAAAGACCCUGUUUAAAAAAAAAUGCCUACAAAAAAUAAGUAUUCUUCUAAAAGUACAAAUUACUGUUAACUAUAAGCUGACAUAAAUGUACAUACAACUCAUUCCUCUACUAGUUAUGUAGUUAGCAACCAUCUCUUUUAACAAGUUGCUAAAAUAUACUUUUUAUCAGUUUAAUGAACAAAGUAGUAUUUGUUACACAUUGACUUGUAAUGAUUUAUUAAUGUAAAUUGAAUCUAUCUAUCUAUUGAUUAUCUAUCAAGAUAGAGUCUUACUGUAAGCUCUGGCUGGCCUGGCACUUACCAGGUGCAAGGAUUAAAGGUAUGUGCAACCUUUGAUCUCUGUAUUGAUACAAAAUUUUAUAUGACACAUACAGAAACUUGUUGAUUUCUUUUAUUGACUCUUAAAUUUAUGUUCUGAAGAAAUACUACUGUCCUGACUUAAGUUCUAGCUUUGAGAUCUGCCUUAGUUUCUUUUCCUAUUACUGUGAUAAAAAUACCUCAAUAAAAGCUAACU